AUGAGUAACUUGGGUGGUAUUCUUAUCUUAGCUAAGGUUUUAGAGGUGAUACAUGCGCAACCACCAGCAAAUAUUCCCGAGAUAUGCUUAGGUAGCGCUCCAUAUUUGGAACCCGCACCAAACUGCUGCGAUAUGCCGCCCUUGUUCAGCGUCAAGGAUAUGUAUAAAUGUGGCUUCCCAGAACCGGACAGCGUGCUUGCUAAUAAACAUGUGACUAGCAGAGAUUGUCCAAAGUUUAAAUGCUUAGCAAAAGUAUACAAUGUUCUACGUGAUGGCGAAGUCGACUCAGAGUUGCUUUAUACCCUCAUGAACAACUAUGUGAAGGAGAACCCUUCAUUUAAGUCAGCAAUUGCUUCAGCGAAGAAGACAUGCGUUGGGAAGCAACUCACUGGCAUGGAGUCAUGUCCCCCAGAAAAAAUCUUUGCCUGCAUCUUUUCAAUAAUGCUGUUUGAAUGUCCAGGAUGGCAAACUGACCCUCGCUGCGCUUACAUGAAAGAUUUUAUGAAAAUUUGCCCACCUUACUUGUUUAAAUUUUAAAAAUAGAAUUUAUGUUACAAGCUAUAUUUAUAAUAUCGUUAUAAUGUUUUGUGUUAAAGUGUUUUAACUUAGAUUUGCAUUUGAGUCUGUCCCUUCCGACUUCGACUCUAUUUCCAUAUAGUUCACUGAGGAACCCUCAACUCUCCUCUAAAUAAACUACCGCCGGAACAUUCCUAUAGUCAAUUGAAAGUGUUUAUUAAGUAGCUAAUAU